AUGUUUGAGGAACAGUUGGUCACUUUUGACAGCUCGUCUGAGCUUUUUGGCCUCGUUGGAGCGACAAUAAUCACAAGCUCCAAUGAUUUCAAGGGAGUCCACCAUGCAGCUCGGGCGCUCGCUGAGGACUUCGGUCGAGUCACCAAGGGCGAUGCCAAUCCCUUUCAAGUCGUGGACGAGGGCCAGGCCGGCUUUCUGGAGCUGACAGGCUCAAACGCGAUUAUUAUCGGCUCGAUUGAUUCAUGUUGGAUUCUCAAGGAGCUCGAACGGUCGGGAAGAAUAAAUAACGGUUCAAUUCGUGGGAAAUGGGAGUCCUUCACCACCGCAGUCGUCGAGAACCCCUUUCCUGGUUGUGAAAGGUCACUGGUGAUUGCUGGAAGCGACAAGCGAGGUGCCAUUUUUGGCGCAUACACACUAUCAAGCCAAAUCGGGGUUUCCCCAUGGUAUUGGUGGGCAGAUGUUCCCCCGAAGUUUCACCGCGAGAUCUUCGCCCUUCCUAUUCAAACCACCCACGGCGAGCCAAGCAUUCAAUACCGUGGCAUAUUUAUCAAUGAUGAGGCUCCAGCGCUGACUGCAUGGGUAUUGGAAAAAUUCGGAGAGUACAACUCGGAUUUCUACAAGAAUGUCUACGAGCUGCUGCUUCGGCUAAAGGCGAACUUCAUGUGGCCCGCCAUGUGGCCUGGGUACCCAAAUCCAGGAGCAGUCUUCUUUCUCGAUGAUCCAAAAAAUCAGCACCUUGCAGACGAAUAUGGCAUAUGUGUCUCAACUUCCCAUCACGAGCCGAUGCAGCGAGCUACAACAGAGUGGUUCGAAGAGGGGAGGAAAUCAUCGGGUUUUUUUCGCAAAGGUGUUACACGCGCAAAGGGUCUGGAAUCAUAUUUCACAAUGGGAAUUCGAGGGGAAUACGAUAAGGGCAUGGUUACAAAAGACCCUGGUGCCGUGGUCCGAGAUGUGCUCGAACAGCAGCGAGCACUAUUCAAGGAGGUACAUGGCAGGGAAGAUGCUGUUCCUCAGGUACUCGCUUUAUACAAAGAAGUCCAAGACUUAUAUCAAGCGGGUGAAUUCGUGGUCCCUGAUGAUGUGACACUCUUGUUCGCCGACGACAACUUUGGGACUCUACGCCGUCUUCCUUCUGGAUCCGAGAAGUCAAGAGCUGGGGGUGCAGGUAUAUAUUAUCAUUUUGAGUACGUUGGUGCGCCUCGAAGCUAUAAGUGGAUUAAUUCAAACUCACUGGGGAAAAUAUAUCAUCAACUUAACCAGGCUCAUCAUCGCAAUGCUCGAAAAAUAUGGGUGUUCAACAUCGGCGACAUAAAGCCGAUCGAAGUGCCGCUGACAUUCGCAAUGUCGAUGGCUUGGAACAUCAACUCCGUGUGUCGCGAAAAUAUCCCUCAAUUCUUAGACAAUUUUGCUACAGAUUGCUUCGAUGGAGGUUUGAGCAAGGCCAUUGUCCCUAUUUGGCACGAGUACGAUCGUCUUGUUCGCCUCCGCAAACACGAGCACAUCGACCCAGAAACAUUCUCUUUGCUUCACUAUAAUGAAGCUGACAACAUUGUGGUACGAUGGCAAGCGCUAGCUUUAGCCUCGGAGCGUCUUUACGAGACCGCUUCAGCAGAACAAAAGGCAGCAAUUUGGGAGCUCGUGGUUCAUCCUGUCAAAUCCAGCUUCAUAUUCACCCAGCUUCGUGUUGUCCAAGCCCGUAACCAGCUUCACGCCCGCCAACGACGCAACACAGCCAACAAACUUUUGCGACAAGCCCUGGAUCUUUUUGAUGCAGAUUUCAAGCUAUCCCAAGAAUUCCAUUCCCUUCUGGAUGGAAAAUGGAAUCAUAUGAUGUGCCAAGCGCACAUGGCCUACGUCCAGCGUGGUCAAAAUAGCAACAUCAUUGUUGGUCAGAUGGGAGUAGCUGUGGAGGGGCACGAAGGUGUUCGACCUGGGCGAAUCAACGAGGAAAGCGAACGUACGCACCCUAGCCGACGCGAUCUUGUCCCGGGUCUAACUCUCUCCUCGAUGAGCCGAUAUGGACCCACAAAAAGGUGGUUCGACAUAUUCACUCGGGGCACGAAAACAAUUCACUGGAGCUGCUCAGUGCCGCACUCUUGGAUUCAUCUUUCACGGAGUGAUGGAGAUAUUCACCCCAAUGGGGACGAUUCACGCAUCACAAUUGCAAUUGAUUGGGAGAAAGUACCGACCGAGUUUGAUGAGGAGGUCCUGAUCAGCGUUUCCUCUAAAGAAGGUGACUUUGAACAUGUUCAUCUUCCCAUCUACGGUCGGCGGGUCCCAGAAUGCUUCUCUGGCUUCGUCGAAUCAGAUGGCUGCAUCUCCAUUCCUGCUGCGGGGCUGGGAACCAAGGACCCAUACCAGCAUCACCCAGAGCUUGGCCGAUCAAAUGAUGGAGCUGUCACAAUUUGCAAUUCAAAUUCGAUAAGCGGAAAUAUUCCAUUCCUUGAAUAUCCUAUUUAUACCUUUUCGCAUUCCACGCAAGUCACCAUUACCCUUUAUUUCAACUUGACUCUUGAGAUCGACCCAGCACACCGAAUGUCUUACGAUAUUGCCAUCGACGAUCAACAAACUACAUCACAUUAUCUUCUCUCGGAUUCCCGUGUACCAAAUAAACUACCGGCUGAGGGCUGGCUAGACUCUGUCAUGGAUUGUGUCUGGCGAAGGAACCACAAUAUUCGUAAUCUGGAGACUGGGGACCACGUCCUUCGCCUGCGGCUUAAUCACCCAAACCUUCUUUUGGAGAAAGUCGUCCUGGAUCUUGGGGGAGUCCGGGAAAGUUAUUUAGGGCCACCGCCCAGUUUCCUAAUUGAAUUGCAGCAUGAAAACCUCUAG